AUGGAUCACGCAAAUCUUCGAGAGAAUGAACUUCCAUGCCGCCUGCUAUCCAACUUCACCAUCUUUGAUAGUGACGCUCAGAAUGUCCUGGUUUCGCUUGCAAACUUGAACAGUCACGGUUCGACGCACUUCGGUGCUGCUGGGGUCGCGGCGGCUUACCUCGAAGACGAGGAAGAUGCGGGCCAAGAAGACAGAGACGACUCGGAUGUAGUCUCUCUGCACCUGCGCAACAUAACCUGUACAUUUGACUACACGGAGGUUGAUGGACCGGUUCAGAUUUACACAGAUCGAGCUGCUUAUAUCCUCAAAAACCCUUCCAACGCUUACAAGCCAAUGUAUGACCCUUACUAUCGACGGCACAAGACUCUUCAGAAGAUCAUCUCGACUGCCCGGGAAGAUCCAAGGAUGGACUAUAAGACCUUCGCUGAAUUUCUCUCCACAUCUUAUGACGAAGUCCUCGGUCGGUGUUGGACCACAAAUGAUAUUGCUCUUGUGGUACUUCUCUCUUCCUCGCAUCUCAGUCGUCGUUCUGAUUCAAUAAAUAUCACAACUCAACAGAAAGACUAUCUUCCAAAGGCCACCGAGAGCCUAUCGGAAGCCAUCCGGACAUCAGGAAUUGUCCAAUACAUCCUCUCUGGAAGGCCAUUGCACCUUACUUUAGAGCAACACAAUGCCAACAAACGCAAGAUACGCAUGGACGCUGCAGAUCUCCGCACAGUCGGCAACAUCGAUGUUUCUCUCCUCCGCCAGGAGAACCAGAAUCCUACCCACGUCACCUCUCAUAUCGCAAAUCUCGCUUCUGGGCUCUUCCGUGAGCAAAUGAUGGUUGUUGGUAGGCGCACCCAUGGAGUAGGGAAGGAGGUCCUGACGAGGCGCGAGAGCGUACAGUUCAAUAGCAUGAAAAAGUAUCAAAGGCAGACGUUGUUGAAGGUGAAGGCAGUCAAAUGGCGCCCGGAGUGGGCUGUUGAUAGGAAUAUCGGAUGGUUUUUCAAGGCUGAGGUAGAUGGCACGAUCUACUCUGUCGGUGACAUUAUUGUUAUCCCGAAGAAGAACGUAAACAUGGCCGCCAUGAACGAGAAAUCAUCACUUUCGGGCUUCUUCAAGUAUGUCUUUCGAUUCGGGCAGAUCAUUUACAUUCGCAUUGACACCCACCUCGAACAGGCGCAUGUUCGAUGGUUCGAACAUAGUGCGGGAACCGUCCUGGAGAACAUCUCGGAUAUUCGGGAGUUUUUCGUCACCAACUCCUGCGACCACGUUGAUUUGCAGACGAUUUGUGGUGGAGUUAAGAUGACCUACCUUGCUUCAGGGAAGGACCCAAACGGCACAGGCGUGCUGGGAGAAGACAGCUGCUUUUACAGGUAUCUAUUUGACGAGAAGGAUGGAUCGUUCAAAGAUGCGCCUGUACUCCAACAACCCAACGUGAAGGACCCUCGGGACAGUUGUCCGAUCUGCAUCCUGCCGAGGACACACGAAACCAACCGGUACGCGUCCGAACCUGAAUACGAGAUGCUCGACAAUGGGGUCAAGUUCGACGAUGGACGGGAGUUUCAUAUAUACGACUGUGCGUUCUUCUCUCUACGGGAGAAACACUGUCAGGCCGGCAUGAUUAUCGACUUCCGCGUUCCUGCGCGAGGCGAACCUACGGUCACUCUUCAGCUUAUCGGCUUCGUCAACGAUAUCCCAUCACUUCCGGACGAUGUGAUGAAGGAUGAGAGACACGUCUUCCUAUCUGACGAACGUGUCUCAGUCGCGCUGCGUUACCUCGGAGACCAACUCCACAUAGCUCACCUCCGCGCGAUCCCCGACCUCUCAACCUGGCACUCGCUCUCCCCAUUCCACUUUCAUCUCACGUACCAACUGCCGAACGCGAAGCCGUCCAGAUGGACACCGGAACCACUCGACUACAGGAAAGCUCGGAUCUGCGUCUCGUGCAUGAAAGUUCAGAUCAAAAAGUUUCAACGGAAGAAGGAGGGGCGCGGGGAAGGACCGACGUUGCGUGCGCUUGAUGUUUUUGCUGGAGUUGGAGCGUUUGGGCUUGGGAUGGAGGAGGCGGGUGGGAUCAAGGUUACGCAUGCUAUUGAGAUUUCGCCUAGUGCGGCGAAGACGUUGAAGCUUAACGCUCCGAAUGUCACCGUAUACAACCAGGACGCUAAUCUCGUAUUGCACAAAGCGGCCAUGCAGUACUACAAGCCCGAGCUUGCCUCUACUGAUCCACCCCUCAAGAGUCUAGCUGACGACAAGACUCCAUUACCUCCUCCGCCACAUCCGCGGGAUAUAGACGUAAUACUGGCAGGCUUUCCUUGUCAGCCUCACUCGAGAUUGAACAUGUUUCAGAAGGCGAAUGAUUCGAAGAGCAACUUGAUCCUCGUCUUACUGUCCUAUGUCGACCUCUUCAAGCCGAAGUACUGCCUCUUCGAGAACGUCCGUGGUUUCCUUCAAUUCAAUCUCAACGCGACGCAGAAGGAUCAAUACAGUGUUGAAGGAGGAAUAGACAUGGGUGGUAUAAAGUUCCUACAAUACGCCAUGCUCACCAUGGACUAUCAAGUCCGCAUCAUGCUCCUCCAAGGCGGACACUAUGGCCUACCCCAAACUCGCAUCCGAUUCUUCAUGGUCGCGGCGAAGAGAGGGUAUCACUUACCCGAGGUACCACAGCCGACACAUCAAUUCCCCGCGAACGAUGGCCUCGAGAUCAAGUUCACGAACGGAAUGGUGAUACGUCCCGUGCAGACCAAUGGCAGGAGCGCGCCGUUCCGGUCCACGACCAUCGAGGAUGCUAUCGGGGAUCUCCCGCGCUUCGAUUGGAAAAACCCGCAGAAACUAGAGAAGACGCCUCUUCCCGGGACUCGACAGCGCGAGGACGAAGUGCUCACGCUCGAUUGCGAUCCAGAUAAGGGGUUCGUUGGCUUGACGGGCCGGAUGGAGUAUUUCAGUCCGCCGAGGACUUCGUUCCAGUUCAAGUGCAGAGAGAGGCCGACGAGUAAUCUGCAGCAUAUUAAUCGCGUAUUGAACGAGGGUACUGUCGAGCGAGUGAGGAACAUCCCUCUGGAACCAAGAGCAGACUAUCGAAGUGAAGAAAACCCGAAACUAUGGGAGUGGCAGUUCUCAGACCGCGCAUCUUCGAUCGCGAAGAAGGGUUUCCGCGGAGGACUCUACGGUCGCCUGAACAAGGACGGGUUCUUCCAAACGACGGUGACGAAUGUCGAGCCUACCGCGAAACAGAGCCGUGUCCUGCAUCCCUGGUGUCACCGUAUCCUUACCGUCCGUGAGCUAGCACGCUCACAAGGUUUUCCCGACUGGUUUGUGUGCGUCUCCGAGACAGGCGACAUCAAGACGAUGCAUCGUCAAAUCGGAAACGCCGUUCCUUUGCCCGUAGGUGCUGCGUUGGGACGAUCGUUGCGAGCCGCUGUGUUGAAGAAAAAAGCAGAGGAUGACGAGAACGCGAUCGUCCUAGACUGA